AUGGCUUCCCGCCUCAUAACCAGAUCAACGGCCGCGGCCCUCCUCUCCCACCUCCGCUCCAGGACACCGAAUCCUACCCACCACCUCCCCACACAUGGAGCUGCCAUGUCCUCCCUUCUGGGACCCACUCACGGCCUUCCUGCCACCGUCGGAUCACGCCCCCUCCUCGAGCCGACUCGGUGGUUCUCUUCGCCGGCGCCGGUGGUCGAGGCGCCGAGGACGGUAGACGGCCUGACUGUGGACUCUAUUGCCGACAAGGGCUGGACGAUCCUCGCCGAGGCCGAGAGCGACUGGCGCAGCCACGCCGCCGCCGUCGCGCAGUCCAUCAGGCUUAUUAAGAAGCGUGCACGCUGGAAAUGGUUACUGGAGAGAUCGAAGCAGUUGGCUGUGGUAUUGGAGAAGCCAGACCUCUGGGAGGAUCCAGUUUUUGCUGGGAAUGUUAGUCGUGAACAAGGCGAGCUCAUGGGCAAGAUUAAGUCAGUGAACCAAUUCGAGCAACAAUUGAUGGAGCACAUCGACAUGUUGAGGCUUGCACGUGAAGAGGGUGACAAUGAACUCGAGACGGAAUCCAUGAGAGCAUUGGCUGAUAUGAGAAGAGAUGCAAAGGAGAAAGAACUCAAUGCAUUGCUUUCUGGAGAUAAUGACGUUUACCCUUGCUUCAUUGAGGUCCAAGCAGGAGCCGGAGGCGUUGAGAGCAUGGAUUGGGCUGCCAUGGUUAUGAACAUGUACAGAUCAUGGGCUCAGCGACGGGGAUACAGAGUCACUGUUAUAGAAGAAAUACCCGGUGAACUAGCAGGAAUCAAGAGGGCUACUAUCAAAGUUGAUGGCGAGUAUGCAUUUGGAUAUGCCAAAUCUGAAAUAGGAGUUCACAGAUUAGUGCGGAUUUCUCCAUUUGACAGUGGAAAGCGGCGGCACACUUCCUUUGCUGCUGUCGCUGUAAUACCUAUUCUUGGUGAGGCCUCUAGCCGAUACCAGAUAAACGAAUCGGAUCUUCGGAUAGAACGCUUCCGUUCUGGUGGACCUGGCGGCCAGCAUGCCAACACCACAGAAAGUGCUGUUAGAAUUGUGCACAUCCCAACUGGUACAACGGCAACUUGUCAAAAUGAAAGGUCACAACAUAUGAAUAGGGCAUCAGCAAUGGCGGUGCUUCAAUCUAGGUUGGACCAGCUUGAGAUUACCCGUCAAGCACAGAUGAAUGCAGAGCACACGCAAUCACUCUCUGAAAUAAGCUGGGGAAACCAAAUAAGAUCGUAUGUGCUACAGCCAUACCGCAUGGUCAAAGAUCUCCGGACAAACUAUGAAGUGUCUGAUCCCGAUUCAGUCCUGGAAGGCGACCUGGACGAUUUCAUACUGAGCUUUUUGUCAUUAUCAUUGGAUAAAGUUGAUGAAAGUGUCUGA